AUGCGUAAAAUCCCCAACUCCAAGCUCUUCGUGUCCGAGCCCCCUCCACAAUGGUUCGGGAACGAGUCCAAUCCCCCGAAGGGAUCGGCGCCGGGCUGGACCAACGAGAACUGGCUCAAAUCUCGCUUUCACUUCUCGUUCGCCGAGUAUAACACGCACAAGAACGCGGACUACGGCGUUCUCCGCGUUAUGAACGACGACCUCGUCCAGCCCGGCAGGGGUUUCGGAACUCACGGCCACGCCAACAUGGAGAUUGUCACGUAUAUCGUCGAAGGUUCGUUAACGCACAAGGACAGCAUGGGAACAUCCGAGAGCCUCGGGCGGGGUUCGAUCCAGUUCAUGACCGCGGGCACGGGCGUAAGGCAUAGCGAGCACAACCUGGACAAGUCCAACCCACUCCGCUUCAUCCAGAUGUGGAUCACGCCAAACGCCGGCGGGCUCGCGCCAAACUACGGCUCGCACGAGACCUCGCCGGAUGAGAGGAAGAACAGGUGGUGCCGCCUGGUCGGUCCCGUGCCCGGCGCGGGCGCGAACGCGGGCACGGCUCCCGUGCAGAUCAACCAGGACGCCGGCAUCAGCGUCGCCGAGAUCGACGCCGGCCAGACCCUGCCGCUGAGUGUCCCGGCGGGGAGACAGGCGUACCUGCUGUGCAUGGAAGGAUCGGCGGCGGACGGCGCGGGAGGCGAAUCGCUCGAGAGGCACGACGCCGCCGAGCUCGAGGCGGGCACGGAGCUGAACCUGACCGCGGGUGAGGAGGGAGCGCACCUGCUCGUGGUUGAGAUGGCGGAACGCGCGGGAUCGGGUCGCAAAGACUUGUAA